UUCGUUCGACAAAUUCAAAGACACACGUGUCAGUCACGAAAUCGCGAGUAUCGAUUAGCAUGCCGAACUAUCCUUGUACUCUUCUUCGUAUUAAUCUAUCUACAGACAAGUUUCGUUCGCGCAAGCGUAGAGAUUAGAUAAUGAGAUUAAGUUACGUGAAGGAGGGUGAAAGCGAUGGAACGUAGAAUAUCAUCAGUAGCCGACGUGCUUUCGUACGACGAUCAUGGACAAAUUGACGGAUAUGUCGAAGAGAAACGAAGUCAAUGUUACUUAUGUUAACGACAACGAAUAUAGUGUUCGACUGAUACGUUGGUUGUUAACGUCGAUGGGUGCUUGGCAAUCGUCGAUGACAAAGACUUCGAUUGAAAAAUUACGUUCUCUGAUUUUGAUCAUUCUUUCUUUUUCUUUAAUAUGCUUUACUUUUGUACCAUGUACUUUGUACGCUUUCCUCGAGGAAAAGAACUUGCAAGCAAGAAUGGAGGCACUCGGUCAAGUGAGCUAUUGGCUUAUGGGUGUCAUCAAAUACAGUUACAUCUUGUUCCACCGAGGAAACGUGCGUCGAUGUUUGGAUCACAUCGAAAGAGACUGGCGUACGGUUGAAAGAUCGAAAGAUCGCGACAUCAUGUUGGCUCAUGCCAACAGUGCUCAUUAUUUUAUUCUUAUUUGUACGAGUUUUACUUGCAGCGGCGUUUUCAUUUAUAACCUGGUCAAAGGAAUGUCACUCGUUCCUGUCUCCAUAGAAAAUCAUACGUUCUAUUUGCAUCCGUUACCUUGUCCUUGCUAUAGCAAGAUAGUGGACACGAGAUAUAAUCCGGCUUACGAGAUCAUAUAUGGACUCCAACUGUUCUCCGGUAUUAUCACCAGCUCCAUCGUCGUGUGCGCUUGCAGUCUCGCCGCGGUUUUUAUUAUGCAUGCUUGUGGUCAACUGACAAUGAUGAUGGCAUGGAUGAAAGAUUCCUUCACGAUACCUUCGAUCGAAUGGACGCGUUAUCAACUUUCAGACAUUGUCGGACUCCAUGUGCGCACUUUGAGUUUUAUAAAAUAUAUAGAGAACGUGAUUAAUCGCAUAUGUCUCGUCGAACUUCUGGGUUGCACAUUAAAUAUGUGCUUGCUGGGAUAUUUUUGUAUCACGGUAUGCCAAGAUUCGAUAUAAUACACGAUUAAUGUAUUAUUUUAUUAUUGUAUGCGUAAUCGCAACAUCGCUCAUCAUUGUUAUCAUUUAGAUUAUAGUAAUGCGAUAGUUUUUAAACUAGUAACACUUUUGUCAAAACAUUCCGCACCUACAUAUAUUUAUUGUUUCUCUACGAUAUCUCGAAAGGAGCACACGCUUUCGCUCAAAUUAUAUUCGUGCGUUUUACGUUUAAAAAGUUUCGUAUUUUUCAGGAGUGGGAGAACAACGAUACGAAAAAUACCAUGGCAUACUUUCUUGUAUUUGUCUCCAUGAUGUUCAAUAUUUUCGUAUUUUGUUUUCUUAGCGAGAAACUCUCACACCAGGUAGCGUCUAAUACUUGAUCGAAAUUAUAUAGUAAAAUCGAAACUCGAUAUCAAAUUAGAUUUCUCGAUAGUGCCUGCAAGUAGGUGACGUCGCUUACGCGUGCGAUUGGCAUCUUCUUCCUAAUUGCACGGCACGCGGAUUUAUUUUAAUAAUACUUAGAUCCAAUUCUGUGGUACGUUUAACUGCCGGAAAGUUUAUGCAAAUUUCUA